GAGGCUGCGGCGCCUCCGCGCCGCCACCCCCCGAGUGCCUCCGCCCGCCCGCCCGUGGGCCGGCCCGCAGCCCGGCGCGGCUAUGGUGGGGCGGCCCGAGGGCCCGGGGGCUGUCUCUGCCUCCGCCGCUGCGGGCCGGGCUCGGGGCCGGGGCUGGGGCCGGGGGGCCGGGCGCCCAACAGGCGACGCUGCUCCCAUGAAGCGCCUUCGUGCCCGGGACAAGCCCUCAGCCCCCGGCCCGGCCCGCGCCGAGGGGGGGGCCCGCCGGGCGACUGGGGGCAGGGCCCCCCCAGAGCCGCGAGUCCCGGGCCCGGCCCCCGCAGCUCCCGAGCCCCAGGAGCAGGAUGUUAUAGCCGGAGGACCCAGCCCCUUGAUCUUCCGGAAGCUCAGCAAUCCUGACCUGUUCUCCUCGAGUGGAAAAGCCAAGCUUCAUCGGCAGCUGAGUCAGGACGACGGCAAAGUCCGGGGCCGGGGGAGCCUGGCCACGGCCCUGUCUCUGUCAGGCAAGCAGCUGCUGCCAUUGUCGAGUGGAGGGCACAGUGGCAUGGGACAGCCAGCCUGGCAGUGCUCAGGAGAAGCCUCCAACCUGGUCCGCAUGAGAAACCAGUCCCUGGGGCAGUCAGCUCCAUCGUUGACAGCUGGCCUGAAGGAGCUGAGCCUUCCGAGAAGAGGCAGCUUAAUCUCUUCUCUUGGUCGAGGAACCAGUGAUGUCCAUCCGCACUUACCCUCUUCGGCAUCGGCGCCUGCCCUGUGCCACCCCCAGCUUCCUCUCAGUGCUGACGGGGCCCUUGCCACAGCUCCUCCAGUCUUUUUCCUGAACUUGCCAGCCCAGAGUGGCCCUGGAGGCUGCCACCCGUUCCUGUGGAGUUGUAGGACGAGCAACCGAAAGAGCCUGAUUGUUCCAUCCAGCACGUCCCCAACCUUGCCCCGGCCCCACUCGCCACUUCAUGGCCACCCAGGUGGUAGUCCUCUGGACAGCCCCCGGAAUUUCUCUCCCAAUGCUCCAGCCCCACACUUUUCCUUCAUUCCUGCCCGCAGCCAUGGACACAGAGCAGACAGGACGGAUGGACGGCGCUGGUCCUUGGCCUCUCUUCCCUCCUCUGGUUAUGGCACCAACACCCCUAGCUCCACUGUCUCCUCAUCCUGCUCCUCCCAGGAGAAGCUGCACCAGCUGCCCUUCCAGCCCACGGCGGACGAGCUGCACUUCCUGACGAAGCAUUUCAGCAGCGAGAGCGUCCCGGACGAGGAGGGCCGCCGGUCGCCAGCCAUGAGGCCCCGCUCACGCAGCCUCAGCCCUGGCCGCUCCCCAGUCUCCUUUGACAGUGAAAUAAUAAUGAUGAAUCAUGUGUACAAAGAAAGAUUCCCCAAGGCCACGGCGCAGAUGGAGGAACGGCUGGCAGAGUGUAUAGCCUCGAAUGCUGCUGAGAAUGUGCUGCCCUUGGCGGACGGGGCCCUGAGCUUCAUCCACCACCAGGUCAUUGAGCUGGCCCGGGACUGCCUGGACAAGUCUCGCGAUGGGCUCAUCACCUCCCGCUACUUCUAUGAACUUCAGGAGAAUUUAGAGAAGCUUCUGCAUGAUGCCCACGAGCGGUCAGAGAGCACAGAGGUGGCCUUUGUGACCCAGCUGGUGAAGAAACUGAUGAUCAUUGUAGCCCGGCCUGCCCGGCUCCUGGAGUGCCUGGAGUUUGACCCUGAGGAGUUUUACCAUCUGCUGGAGGCUGCUGAAGGGCAUGCCAAGGAGGGCCAGGGGAUCAAAUGUGACAUCCCACGCUAUAUCAUCAGCCAGCUGGGCCUCACGCGGGAUCCCCUGGAAGAAAUGGCCCAGCUGAACAGCUACGACAGCCCAGACACUCCUGAGACAGAUGACUCAGUUGAGGGCCGAGGGGCUGUUUUGCAGCCCAAGAAGACACCAUCUGAAGAUGAGUUUGAGACAAUCAAGCUGAUCAGCAAUGGGGCCUAUGGGGCCGUGUUCCUGGUACGCCACAGGUCCACCCGCCAGCGCUUUGCCAUGAAGAAGGUCAACAAGCAAAACCUCAUCCUGCGCAACCAGAUCCAGCAGGCGUUCGUGGAGCGUGACAUCCUCACUUUCGCUGAGAACCCCUUUGUCGUCAGCAUGUUCUGCUCCUUUGAGACCAGGCGCCACCUGUGCAUGGUCAUGGAGUACGUGGAAGGGGGCGACUGUGCCACACUGCUGAAGAACAUUGGGGCCCUGCCCGUCGACAUGGCACGCAUGUACUUUGCUGAGACCGUGCUGGCGUUGGAAUAUCUGCACAACUAUGGCAUUGUGCACCGGGACCUCAAGCCUGACAACCUCCUGAUAACAUCCAUGGGUCACAUCAAACUGACCGACUUUGGGCUCUCCAAAAUAGGCCUCAUGAGCCUGACCACAAACCUGUACGAGGGCCACAUUGAGAAGGACGCCCGGGAGUUCCUGGACAAGCAGGUGUGUGGGACCCCAGAGUACAUCGCUCCGGAGGUGAUCCUGAGACAGGGCUACGGGAAGCCUGUGGACUGGUGGGCCAUGGGCGUCAUCCUUUACGAAUUCCUCGUGGGCUGCGUCCCUUUCUUCGGAGACACCCCCGAGGAGCUGUUUGGACAAGUGAUCAGUGAUGAGAUUGCGUGGCCUGAGGGUGAUGACGCCCUCCCUCCUGAUGCCCAGGACCUCACCUCCAAGCUGCUGCACCAGAACCCUUUGGAGAGGAUGGGCACAGGCAGCGCCAGCGAGGUGAGGCAGCAUCGUUUCUUCAAGGACCUGGACUGGACGGGCCUGCUGCGUCAGAAGGCUGAGUUCAUUCCACAGCUGGAGUCCGAGGAUGACACGAGCUACUUUGACACUCGCUCAGAACGUUACCGACACGUGGAUUCGGAGGAUGAAGAUGAUGCCAACGACGAUGACCAUGUGGAAAUCCGUCAGUUUUCUUCAUGCUCCCCGAGGUUUAGUAAGGUGUACAGCAGCCUGGAGAGACUCUCCCUGCUGGAGGAGCGCAGGACCCCACCCCCUACCAAGCGCAGCCUCAGCGAGGAGAAGGAGGACAAGUUGGACGGUCUCAGUGGCCUUCAGGGCAAAGACCGGGGCUGGGUGAUCGGCUCCCCUGAAAUAUUGCGGAAGCGGCUGUCAGUGUCUGAAUCCUCCCACACAGAGAGCGACUCCAGCCCCCCUCUUGGGGUGCGGCGGCGCUGUUCAGGGGCACUGGAUGCACCCCGUUUCCCAGACGCAUCUGACGAGGCAGGAGGCAGCCCCCGGGAGAGCCAGCAGCUGACAGAGGGUGCGGCGUUCCUCACUCCACAGCCCAGAGAGGGUGGGCCCAGGUCCACUCCUGAGCAGCUGGGAGAGCGCAAAGCACAGGGGGACAAGGAGCCAGGUGGGAGUCCUGCGAACGUCUGUGCCCAGCAAGGCCGCCGGAAUAGCCAUGAAGGCCUGGAAAGCUCCACGCCUAAGGCCAUCAGCGACCUGGCCGUGCGGCGGGCACGCCACCGGCUGCUGUCCGGGGAGUCUGGAGAUAAGCACACACCCAGGCCUGCCAAUAAAGUCAUCAAAUCGGCCUCAGCCACUGCCCUGUCCCUUCUCAUCCCCUCAGACCACCACGGAUGCUCCCCCUUGGCCAGCCCAAUGUCCCCCCACUCCCAGUCAUCCAAUCCCUCAUCCCGGGACUCGUCCCCAAGCAGAGACUUCUCUCCGGCCAUCAGCAGCCUGAAGCCGCCCAUCGUGAUUCACCGAGCUGCCAAGAAGUAUGGCUUUACCCUGCGAGCCAUCCGGGUCUACAUGGGGGACACCGACGUUUACACUGUGCAGCACAUAGUCUGGCACGUGGAGGACGGGGGCCCGGCCAGCGAGGCAGGAUUGCGGGAGGGCGAUCUCAUCACGCAUGUCAACGGCGAGCCUGUGCACGGGCUGGUGCAUACCGAGGUGGUGGAGUUGAUCCUCAAGAGCGGGAACAAGGUCUCCAUCUCGACAACACCCUUUGAGAACACAUCGAUCAGAGUGGGCCCUGCACGGAAGGGCAGCCACAGGUCCAAGAUGGCCCGAAGAGACAGGAAGAGCAGGGCCAAGGAUGGGCCUGAGAGCAGGAAGAGGGGCUCCCUGUUUCGGAAGAUCACCAAGCAGGCAUCCUUGCUGCACACAAGCCGCAGCCUGUCGUCCCUCAGCCGCUCCCUGUCCUCUGGAGAGAGCGGGCCUGGCUCCCCAACACACGGUCACGGCCACAGCCACAGCCACAGCCUGGCCCCACGCUCUCCAACCCAGGGCUACCGAGGGGCCCCUGAAGCCUCACAUUCAGUAGGUGGAAAUUCCUCCCAGAGCAGCUCACCCAGCUCCAGUGUGCCCAACUCUCCAGCUAGCUCUGGCCACAUCCGCCCCAGCUCCCUGCAUGGCCUGGCCCCCAAGCUGCAGCGGCAGUAUCGCUCGCCCCGGCGCAAAUCGGCAGGCAGCAUCCCCCUGUCCCCCCUGGCACACACUCCGUCACCCACCCCUCAGGCCACCUCUCCCCAGCGAUCCCCGUCUCCUCUGCCUGGCCAUGCCCUGACCAGCAGCCCUGCAGCCUUCCCAGGAAAGCUGCACUCCUCACCACCCUUGGGCCGGCAGAUCUCGAGGCCCAAAAGUGCUGAGCCGCCACGCUCCCCGCUCCUAAAAAGGGUCCAGUCAGCCGAGAAGCUGGGGGCGGCCCUGGGGGCCUCAGAGAAGAAGCUGUCUGCCUCGCGCAAGCCUAGCCUGGACCUGGCCCCCUGUGAGGUCAAGAAGGAGCUGGUGCUGCCCAGUGACCCAGGGGACAAGGCCCCGCUGCCCAAGGCAGCCUCUCGCAGCCUGGGCACCAUCCGGCAUGACCGAGCCGAGCGCCGGGAGGCCCUGCAGAAGCAGGAGGCCAUCCGCGAGGUGGACUCCUCUGAGGAUGAGGAUGACACGGAUGAUGAUGGCUCUGAGAACAGCCAGGAUGGACAAGGCCAGGGGCCCCGCCAGGCCCAAGAGAGUGCCAAAGAAAACCCCCGUGGGCCCCAGGACCCGUGGGGCAGAGCUCGGCCACCCCCAGCGACCCCUGGCAUCCCGAUGAGGACGCUGGCUGAUGAAGCUGCCUCGGGCACCGUGAUGCAGCUGGUAUCUGGCAAGAGCCAGGCCCCGGGGGCCAAGGCACCCCCGAGUUCCCCUGGUGCUCAGGACUCUCCUCAGGGCUCCUCGAGUUCUGGGGGUCCUUGGGGUGCACCCUCCACAGAGCCCACGCUCCCCCGGGGCGACUCACUUGUAGCACUUUGUCCUUGGCUGUCAGGAAGUCCCCUCCCUUGCCCGGGUCCACGCCCAGUGCAAGCCCCUGGGAGCAGCUCAGGCCCAAUCCAGCUCUGGCCUCUGCCCCUGCAAGUGCCCACCCUGCCUGAGGGGGGGCACAGCUGGGACACAGUCUCAUCCCAGGCCGCCCUGAGCCUGCAGCCUGGGUCCAAGCUAGAGGGGCCCUCCCCGCCCAGCCAGCCCUGGGCCGCACAGCUCACCAGCCCUUCCCAGCCCCUGGCCCACAUCACCCCCAGCCUCAGCCCUGCCCCAUGUCCACCUUGGGAGCCCAAGUGCCCCUGGGCAGAGAAGGAGGAACUAGCUUUGAGUAGCACCAAGGUGCCGGAUGCUGCUGGUGACAGCAGGCAGGCCCCCCAGUGCAAAGGGCACCUGCAGCCCGCUGGGCAUGAGGAGACUGUGCCCCCAAGAGCCCCGCAUGAACCUCAUGACUGUGCUCUGGAGUGUGAUGACCUCCUGAGAAGAACGUAGCUGCCGGGCCUGGGGCCCCAGUCCCUCCCGCCUGUGUAAUAUAUGCUCAUGGAAACGA